UAUUCAGUGAUUCGCUGUACCGCGAUGGACAUUCGGAACGAAAACAACCACGUUUUCAACAUCGGGUUGGCGAAACUUUCAGGUUUAUAUCAAAUGUUGGAUCCCGGGACCGUAAAAUUUCGGGGCCAAAACGUGUACCAAAUUUUCGUCGGGUUCUUCGUGUUGUUCUCGUUCGUCGGAGCGAUGACGUUGAUCGCCGGCAGUUUGUACUAUUGGACGGACAAUACGUCUGUGACCAUAUGGUACUUUUGGUCGACGACAAACUCACUGUACGCGUGCUACAAGAUGUGUACCGUCUUUUACCGCUCCAACGACAUAUGGAACUGUUUGUCGAUCACGCGGUACGGUUUUACGUCGUUGAGCUCCCGGAAGCGGAACGGACAUGACAUCUUGGAUCGUUGGCGAGCGCGUUCGGUCUGGUACACGAGCUUGUUAUCCGGAGCGUAUUGCUGGUCGUUGGUAUUUUACGCGGGAUGUCUCCUGGCAUUCGGCGACGCUACAAUACCGAUAAAAAAUCACGACGGUUCCAUCGGAAAUUACCGACCGAACGUAUUAAAUUUGUAUUUUAUCGCAUCUGACGAGACUUACAACGAAUACUACAAUACGUUUUUCGUCGUCGAGACGUUGUUCGUUGCCUCCAUAACAAUAAUUUACCUUCUAUUCGAUGUCCUAUUGUUGACACUGUGCUUGGCUAUAUGCUGUCAGAUGCAAAUAAUUUGCUCCGCUUUCGAAUCGGUCAACCGCAAAUCGCUUAGCGAUUCUCAUUCCAAUGCAGUUGGUAAGUACGAGUUUACGUCCAUUAUUGUUUGUUUGAUUUUGGUUUUACACUUUACAUUUGUUCAAGGUACAAAUUUUGGUCAAAUUGUGUUCUAUGAUUAA